UGGGGCUUAUUUGUCUGCUUAGAUCAGGUAUACACUUUCUUUAAUUUCCGCUUUUCUGUGAUCGUUGCAGGUUCGGGAUUGAUUAAAAAGAAGGGCUUUAAAGGCUCCUUUGUGGAGGCAGGAUCUUAUGCUAAGACGUUUGCAGUUUUGUCCGGUGUACACAGUUUGGUUGUUUGCUUUUUGAAGAGGCUGCGAGGAAAAGAUGAUGUUAUUAAUGCUGGUGUAGCCGGAUGUUGCACUGGACUUGCUCUAAGUUUUCCAGGUGCACCCCAGGCACUUCUUCAAAGCUGCCUCACCUUUGGAGCCUUCUCGUUUAUCAUGGAAGGGCUUAAAAAGCAGCAGCCAGCGCUGGCACAUUCAUUUUCUCCGAGAAACAAGAGUGGAACACGCCCUUUGGCUCUCCCUCUUUCUCUCCCUCUUCCAGAUGAGCUCAAAGGAGCUUUCUCUUCCUUCUUCAAGUCCUUAGUAAAACCAAAUAAAGGCAGCUCUUGGACCGCUAACUGACGGGGCUGCCAUUUUUGUGUUCUUGUGUUUUGUAUAUCGUUGCAAGUGUGAGUGUUGA